UUUCGCUAUAUGUGUUCUUUUUGGGUCAUUUACACUUUUACACUUAUUUUGUGUUCUCUAAUUUUUCGCCCCUGUAACAAAUAAUUAACUCAUAAGUUUAUAUUUUUGCUAUCAUAAUAUUGCACAUGUUAUGAUCAAAGACUAGCCCGUUUGAAGGGAAAAACCUGCAAUUAUAUCGUGGUUUUUUAGUACAAACUUGUUGGAUUAUAUUGUCGUUUUUUUUUUGUAUGUUCAAUUUAAUUAAAACUGGUUUAAUUUCUGCAAUAAACAUGCUUCUUUAACUCUUGAUUUUGCAUUGUGGAAAGUUAUGAAUAUGUCUUCUUCUUUUGUAAAUUCUUGAUUUAUUUAUUUGUUGUUUAAGGAGGAGUUUGAGUAGUUGCGUUGAUAGAAGCUUGAGUUUAUUCAAAAUCCUUGUUUCGAUACCUAAUCUAAUUAGAGUAGAUUGAUGGUAAAUUGUUGAAAGGUGAUUUGUGCUCUGCUUAUUAAUCAAUUUAAUUAGAGUAGUUCUGAUGUAAUAAUACUCACUUUUUUAAAAAAAAUUAGCCACGUAAUACAAUUUCGAUCUCUGACAAUAUGUGAUAGGUUUUGUUUGUGUUUCACCAGUUCAUACUUUGUGUACACAUGUACAUUUUUUGUUUAGGCACACCAGUAAUCUUGCAAGAUUUCUUAUGAUAAAUUAUAUUAAUUUUAUUUUUAUGACCUGUGUAUACUGUAGUUAGGAUAAACCAACUGCAUUUUUGUGACCCAUGUUUAAGUAAUUUGGAGAAACCGCUGCACUAAGAUAGCUUGUGUUAUUUUGAAUUAUAUGCGAAGAAUACUCGUGACUUUUUAGUAUCUCUUAGUGCUCCCAUGUUUUCAUGUUUCAUCUGCUUGGUCCUAUUAAAUAUUGGAGUCGGUAAUAAUUCUUUCCGUUUAUUCUUUCAGAUGCAGAUCUUUGUUAAAACUCUAACCGGAAAGACCAUCACCCUUGAGGUCGAGAGCUCAGACACCAUCGACAACGUAAAGGCCAAGAUCCAGGACAAAGAGGGUAUCCCUCCAGACCAGCAGAGGUUGAUUUUUGCUGGAAAGCAACUUGAGGAUGGAAGGACUCUUGCAGAUUACAACAUUCAGAAAGAAUCCACCCUUCACCUUGUUCUUCGUCUUCGUGGUGGUAUGCAGAUCUUUGUGAAGACCCUUACUGGCAAGACCAUCACCCUUGAAGUUGAGAGCUCGGAUACUAUUGACAAUGUCAAGGCCAAAAUCCAAGACAAGGAGGGGAUUCCUCCGGACCAGCAGAGAUUGAUCUUUGCUGGGAAACAACUUGAGGAUGGAAGGACCCUUGCAGAUUACAACAUUCAGAAGGAAUCAACCCUUCAUUUGGUGCUCCGUCUGAGGGGUGGCAUGCAAAUCUUUGUUAAGACUUUAACAGGCAAGACUAUCACCUUGGAGGUUGAAAGUUCGGACACAAUUGACAAUGUGAAGGCCAAAAUUCAAGACAAGGAAGGUAUUCCCCCGGACCAGCAGCGUUUGAUAUUUGCGGGCAAGCAACUAGAAGAUGGAAGAACACUUGCUGACUAUAACAUACGGAAGGAGUCGACACUUCAUCUGGUGUUGCGUUUGAGGGGAGGGAUGCAAAUAUUUGUCAAGACUCUGACAGGAAAGACCAUAACUUUAGAGGUGGAGAGCUCUGACACUAUUGACAACGUGAAGGCAAAAAUUCAAGACAAGGAAGGGAUCCCACCAGAUCAGCAGAGGCUUAUUUUUGCUGGUAAGCAGCUGGAGGAUGGGCGCACCCUUGCUGAUUAUAAUAUCCAAAAGGAAUCCACACUUCACCUUGUGCUUCGCCUUCGUGGUGGUGACUACUGAGGAUGCAAAUGCUCUGGAGGUUUUCUAUAGCUGCCGGUUGUCUUUGUUCUCUAAAUAAAGAAUUGUGUAGCAAGACUUUUCCUUGGUUUUGAAGUAGUUUACUGUUGAAUGACAAACUUUAACCGGGUUUGAUUA